UAUCAACUCGUGUUGUUCUGCCUUCUGUUCUUUCCUCCCCAGUGAUCUCUCGAUUCGGUGUUUGGGCAGCACCUGCAUGUAUUGCCUAUGAAUUCGCUUGUCGUAGCAUGAUCUCAUUUGCAAUUCUGUAUAUUCUUAUAUGAUCCUGCUGCUCCUAUCUCCAUCUCCCUUCAGUCUAUAAUAUCCGGCCAACAAGCAACAAAAUGGCCAUCGCACCGUCCGUCGAUCCGCCGCUCGAGGCAGAGGCAAAAUACAGCAACAAAGCUGAGAAUACUAUUCACGAAGUGGAAAGUUCCGACGACAACCAACAAGUAAACACGACAUUUCAACCCGGUGUCCAGGACAUUGAAGCAGUUACUAUUACAUGGUCGAGGACCUGGCUCAUCGUGGCCUAUAUCCUGAUAUGGAUCACCUACUUUAUCCAAGGCCUAGUGACAGGCGUAACUGGUGCUCUUCUUCCCUAUGUCACCUCUGCCUUCGCCGAACACUCGCUCACGCCAACCACUGGCAUUUUGAGCGCUGUCAUCGGAGGCGUUACCAACCUCAGCAUUGCAAAGGUCCUGGAUAUAUUUGGACGCUCCCAAGGAUAUCUCCUCUGUAUUGUGCUCUGCACCAUUGGCCUUAUAAUGUCCGCUGCCUGCAACAACGUUGAGGCCUACGCUGCCUCCCAAGUCUUUUACACCGUCGGUAUCAACGGCAUAGGAUACAGCUUGAGCGUGUUCGUCGCCGACACGUCGUCACUGCGCCACCGAGGCCUGAUGCAGGCGUUUGUCAGUUCUCCAAAUCUGAUAACAUGCUGGCUUAGCGGACCUAUUUCCACGGCUUUUCUAAACGGAGCUGGCUGGCGCUGGGCCUUUGGAAUGUUUACGAUUCUCGUCCCAGCCGUAACCCUUCCUCUCUCUGGGCUGUUCAUGUGGCAAUUCUCAAAGGCCAAAAAGCUCGGCCUCAUUGCGAAGCGUCAAAGUGGACGCACACCCUGGCAGUCCUUUGUUUACUACUGCCGCGAGUUCGAUGCUGUCGGCCUCCUUCUACUCUCUGCCGGUGUUGCUUUCUUCCUGCUCCCAUUCAACCUUUACACAAAUGAAGCGAAAGGAUGGAGAUCUGCGCUGAUUCUCUGCUUUCUGAUCAUCGGAAUCCUUCUCAUCAUUGUUUUCGUUGUAUGGGAGAAGUUCUUUGCCCCAGUUUCAUUUCUGCCGUGGUCUAUUCUCCAAGACCGUACCGUCCUCGGCGCCUGCAUUCUCUCUUUUGUGCUAUUUCUCAGCUAUUUCUGCUGGUCUAGUUACUUCAGCUCAUUCCUGCAAGUGGUAAACAACUUGAGCAUUACCAAUGCCAGCUACGUCAUCCAAACCUAUACAGUAGGCGGUGUCAUAUUUGCUGUUGGCACUGGCGCUUUCAUCAGCUAUACCGGCCGCUUCAAACCUGUAACGCUCUACUUUGGCAUUCCUUUGACAGUUCUUGGCAUGGGUCUGCUCAUCUACUUCCGCCAGCCUGACCAGGACGUUGGCUACAUUGUCAUGUGCAUGAUCUUCAUCUCCUUUGCUGAGGGAGUCCUAGUCAUCUGUGACGAGAUUGCCAUUAUGGCCGCCGUUGUGGAGCAGCAAUACUUCGCCAUUAGUCUGGCUGUGUUGGGGUUGUUUUCGAAUAUUGGAUCUGCCAUUGGCCUUACUAUCUCCGCCGCCAUCUGGCAGGGCACCAUGCCGGGAAAACUUGCUGAGUACCUUCCUGCUGCUGAUCAGGAGAAUCUACUCCUUAUCUAUGAGUCCCUGCCGACGCAAUUGUCGUUCCCAAUCGGAUCGCCCGAGCGUAUUGCGAUUCAGCAAGCCUAUGGAGACGUACAACAACGUUUAAUGAUUGCAGGGACUGCGGUCUGGGCUAUCGGCCUGGUAUCUGUCCUGAUGUGGCGAGAUAUUAAGGUGAUCAACAUUAAGCAGACGAAAGGACAGGUUGUGUGAGGACCGGUGGUGUUUUGAAUGAGUGUAGCGAGAUGCUUUCAUGUAAAUAAAGAGAAGCUUUCAUCAAAUGAUUUCAUGGCAUUAUAGAGAGGUGAACUGUCUCAAAGAGAGUAUUGCGGUAUUACGAUAUACUCUAUCUACGUGUAGUUCGUGUAGUUAAAUGUAUCUCACAUGUGGUGAGCAGAAAGGCUGCUCUGUGGCGUUGUAAAGACGAACCAUACUCUAGUACACAAAGCUAUACCAUACCUAUAUAAUGUUAUUUUCUAAUACAGAGAAUUAUUGCGA